GCUUCCUCCUAGCACCAUUACACCUCUAUAAAAACGAUGUCUCCCCACCUCGACGAUCGUUUACCUCCCAUCCAAGAUAACAUGGCAGACAGCAUCCCCUACCCAGCACAAAGUGCCUACAUCCCUCCAGCCUACUACCCCCCUCCCCAGGGCCACGUCCAUGUCGUCGCACCCCAACAGCGCCAGGACUCUCAGCAGAGAAAGCGUCCAAAGUACACCCGCAGCAAAACAGGUUGUCUCACAUGCCGCGUAAAAAAAAUAAAGUGUGACGAAACAAAACCAAACUGCAUGCGAUGUACCCAUGGCCAGCGAGACUGUACGUGGCCAGAAGGCGUCCCUGCUCGCAAGAAAGCUACCCCUCGCAAGGACAGUGUCGAUGGUCACCCGUCAAACGCGGAGUCUUCGGGUUUAUCGGAGGCUUCUACUCCACCAACCCGCGACAACACACCUCCAAGACGAGGUCCUGUCGACUAUGGAAUCCCGCCCAUGAUGGCUCGUCGCCACAGUGAACCGUACACUCAAGGCCCUCCGAUAGGCUCGGAGCCAGACAUGUCACGUCGCCAAAUUCCACAGCAAGGAUACCCUAUGCAGCUCCAGCACCACCAGCAAAACCAAAACACGCAUCCUAAUAACGUUCUCUCUGUAAUACCUGAAAUGUCAGCAUACCCACCUACACAGCAGCCGCGAUACGAAUCUGCCUAUACCAAUCCACCUUUGCAUUCUCAUUCUUCUCACUCUUCUCGGAUUCAACCUAAUCAGCAUACCCUCGGAAUUCGUUCAAUGGCACAUCCCCCUCCCCUCCAUCACUGGAACACUAACCCGUCCAUGGUCUCCAACGUGGAUCCUCUUGAACCAUACUUUUCUACUGUCCAGGAGAGGAACUUGAUCCGUCAUUACUGCGAUAAUUCCUUGAGCUUCAUAAUGGCCAUCCCAUCUGAGAACCCAAUUGUCGCUGCUAAUCUCCCUCUGAUAUUCAACCACCCUCCCGGGUCUGAUACUUCUGCUGAAGCCUUGCGCAUGGCUUUAUUGGGUGUUGCGGCCAUCCACCGAUCAUUCUUGCUCUCCCAGAGCGGCGUCAACCAAGGUUCCGCUGAAGAGAUGCUUCAACUGGGUCAUUCAUUCCGAAUGAACUCAAAGCAACUGCUUGCCAAAGCCUGUGCAACUAUGGAGGGUGCUCAGAGUGAUGCCUCGCUGGCUACGUCUAUGGCCAUAGCAUUGAUGGACAUUUUCUCGGGUGGUCGAAAUUGGUCCAAAAACAUGGAUUUGGCGAAAACGUUAGUCAGAAUUAGAGGCGGUCCAACUUCACUCCUUGCCAGCAGUUUCAAUAUGAAGUCAGGUUCGCCGGACCAGAUCGCAAGAACGAGACUGCUUCUCGAGAUACUGGCUGUUUAUGACGUGGCCGCGUGCUUGGCGAAUGGCGAAGCACCAACUGUCCUGAAUUCGACUUCGAAUAGCUGGUGGCUAGAUGAGUCACAGGCGAAUUUUUCAUACGUAGAGCAGGUGUUUGGCAUGUCACGAGCUUUCAUUCCUGUUCUCGCAGAAAUCACCUCGUUUGUUUCUCGUGUUCUUCACGGAACCGCGCGGAUCUCUGAAGUUAUCGGCGAGGGCAGUAGCAGCAGCAGUAGCAUCGAGGCGGAUACAACAGCACAGUGUCAUGAGUACUACAGCCAGCUAGAGAAUUGGGUGGAUCCACGGGUGGACGCUCCACCUCGUGUCCACAGGGGAAACCGUAUGUACCAGAAAGCCGCCCAAAUUCUCUUGCUCCGAGAUGUACUUCACGCCUCGCCUGUGGACCCUUUAGUGCAGGCGUGUACAGACACGAUAUUAACUCUCGCUUUAGAAUGCACAUCUCAGAAAAUGGGGGUCGACUUGAUUUGGCCCGUCAUCAUCGCCGCUUCUCAUACAUAUGGCUCUAAUCGCACGAGGGUAGCGCAAGUUUUCGAGGCCUUCAGGUUCGUCCAAUCGCUGAUCUAUUCUUAUGAGGUACUAAAACCCCUUAUUUGUCAUAGGACACAAUGCUGUUAUGAAAUCGAAACGUCCGAACAGAUUGUGCUUCAAGUUUGGAAACGAUUAGACCAGGGUUUGCCUGGUGCUGAUUGGCGGACGGUCAUGAAAGAUUCGGACUUGAAGGUCCUUAUUGUAUAGUUAUUUUAUAUUAUCUGUGACCAGUCUCCUUUUCUUUUUCGUUCAUUUUCGUUCAUUUUUCAUUUCAUCCUCAAACGGUGUACAGAUAGCCCUCCCUUCUUUUCCCCCUCGGAAAUAGACUGUACUAAUAGCUAACUCUGAUCUACUUAUAUUUAAUUACCACUGACACAGUCCUAUGCAUGUUUAGCUCUGCGCACAUUGCUUUGGUGUUCAUUCUGCAAUAGCCUUUCAUGAAUAUAGAAAUAGCAUGUUGAUUAUCC